AUGCACGCGCUACGCGUAAGUGCCAGUGUGGCAGACGUUAGUCUAGAGCGAAAGCUUCGCUAUGAAUUUGCGCAGUUAAAGGCCAGAGGCCGUCUGCGGGGAGUAUCACGCUCCCACCAUGCUUUGGCUGCCUCUGCAGCCGCGAGUUCACGUCAGUCUUUUGACACGAACUCGCCCGCUCUCACUACGACGAGUGAGAAGCGUGGCUCUCGUCAAGACGAACUCGUCCGUGGCGCUCAAAACCGUCAACGUCGUAUGGGCAUUCUUGCCGAAGGGGAAACUCAUACUCCCAUGAGUUUUCAGACUCAGGGUACCCACGCUACUUCACUAGAUAUUGGUAGUGACCAUGAAGACGACGUCGUUGAAGUACCCGCUCCACGUGGAACUGUACGUAUCCCUUGCUUAUCCAGCAACGCCGGUAGCGGUCAGAGUAUCGGCUUAAAGCCAUGCUAA